ACUUAUUGCCUAUAUGUUGGUCUGUCAUUACCUGUGUUGAAAGAAGACGUGUGUUUGAUAAUGCUAGAAGACGACAAAACAACCAAUUUAACCAUGAUCCUGGGGUAUCAAUGGUUUGAUGGUGCUAAUUAAUGAUCACUUUGUGUCGAACAUCAUUGCAGGAUAUGUUUGCUGGUGGAACCGACACUUCGGCAACAGUACUAGAAUGGGCCAUGUCAGAAAUGAUGAAAAAUCCUAGAGUGAUGGAAAAGGCGCAAGCUGAGGUUAGAAACGUUUUCAAGGGGAAGAAAGUAAUUCGUGAUAGUGAUAUGAUUCAACUCAGUUACUUAAAACUAGUAAUCAAAGAAACUUUGAGGCUGUACCCGCCCGUUCCUUUGUUGGUUCCAAGAGAAUGUAGAGAAACCUGCAAGAUUAAUGGUUAUGAAAUACCCAUCAAAACUCAAAUUAUAAUAAAUGCAUGGGCACUUGGAAGAGAUCCAAAUUACUGGUAUGAUGCAGAGAGAUUCAUACCAGAGAGGUUCCAAGGCAAUAAUUCUGAUAUUGAUUUCAAAGGAACAAACUUUGAGUACAUCCCUUUCGGAGCAGGACGAAGAAUGUGUCCGGGCAUUUCAUUUGGCCUAGCAAGCGUUGAGCUUCCUCUUGCUAGCUUACUCUAUCACUUCGAUUGGAAACUCCCACAUGGAAUGGAACCUGAAGAUUUAGAUAUGACUCCAGAUUAUGGUAUCACAAAUAGAAGGAAGGACAAUUUGUGUUUGAUUCCCACGCCAUAUAAUAUCGAUUCUGUUGUUGGCAGUUCCUAGUGAAAGUACCCACCCACCCACAUUGAUGAUGUAAAUAUUCGAUAUCCAGCAAUAAUACUGAUGAGCACCAACCCACUUG